AUGGAUAGAGGCGUUAAUCGAUUUCGUUGUCCAAAAGGAUGGAAACGUCUAGGUGGUUCAUGUUAUUAUUUUCCUAGUUUCACAUCGACAUCUAUUACUGCAAAUUAUACAUGUAAUCAUCUUCAUUCUAAUCUUUCAAAUCUUUUACAAAUACGAAAUGUCGUUGAACUAGUUUAUGCUGCUCAUGUUUUAACGAGAAAUAAUUUGUCAUCAUUAAUGUUGUCUAUUGAUCCAAAAUUUCUUAAAGGAAAAAAUCUCACAGAAAUGUUAACAAAUGAUCAAGAACGAUGGAAACGAACAAAAGAAAAAGCUCAUAAAAUGCGUAUCAAAUAUCUUAAUUUAACAACCAAAGUUGUCGAACGAUUAAAAUUGGUUGGUUUAUAUAUGUUGAGACGCUCGAAAAAAAUAAAACAAUCAUCUGAACAAUAUACACAACAUGAAACAGCAAUAAAUACUAGUUUAAUGAUCAAUGAUAAUGAUAAUGAAUAUGAAUAUGAUGAUCUUAAUUCAUCAGAUGAAAGUGAUGAAUUUGAACAGAUUGAUGAUAUUCAUGGUAUUUGCAAUCAAAUCGCUUGGAAUGCUUUAAAUGAUAGUUCAACUGUUUAUAUCCUAACAACGUAUAUAAUAUCAGAUAAAAUUGUCUGUUCAUUAAGUGAUGUUGAAUCUAACACUGAAUAUCAUCAUAUUUGUGAAUAUGUGCUUGAUUCUUGUUUUGCAAAUAUUAUUUGUGGUAAACAUGGAUAUUGUGUCAAUACACCUCCACGUAAAUUAUUAAGUCCAAUUAAACGUGACCUUGUUCGUAAUAUUUGGGUUGGUCUUUUAAGUACAUGUUUUUUAUCAAUCUUAAUAAUUGUAAUACCAAUAAAAUAUUAUAAAUUAUAUGAAAUUGAUAGAAUUAAUGAUAAAACAUACAAUUAUUCACUUACUAAUACAAUCCAUUUAGUAAGACAAUGUGAAGAAACAUUAGAUUAUUUGAACGAAAAUAAAAAAUUCUUUCCUUUUGCAUUUUUUUUAAUAUUUAUUUUUUCAUGGUUUAUUAAACGAGAAAAAAAAUCGUUAAUUAAACGAGAAAAAAAAUGGUUAAAUAAAUGUGGUGAUCGACCUGGCUUAUUAUCACCAAUUGAGCCAUUUCGUAUAGAAAAUCGUUUUACAACAGCAACUGUUUUUGGAAUUAUUGCUUAUGGUGUAUUAAAAAUUUUUGAAGGACUACUUUUUGGUUUAAAUCAAACACUUAAUCAUGGUGUACUUUUUGAAGUACUUAUAAGAAUAGGCAUUAUUGUUGCUCUCGGACUUCGUUAUUAUCCAGUUCUUGCUUCUCUACAAUUACGAAAUGUUUUUGUUCGAUUUUUUGCUUGUCUAUAUAUACUCUGUGAGAUUUUAUAUACAAUUGUACGAGAAGGUUCAUGUAUGGGUUUUCUACAAUUAACAAAAAAACAUGCAGUUGUCGAAGAAGCAAAACUUCGCGUGGAACUUGGUACAUGGUUUAUUAUCUAUGGUUUAAUAAAAAAUAUUCCACAUUUCUUUUUUCUAUCAUAUAUUGGUGCUGAAUUAUGUGUGCGUUUCGUAUAUGAUUCAAUAUAUGUACCAAUAAAAAACAAGAAAAAUAUUUUGUUAACACCUGAUUUGGAAUUUGAUGAAUUGAAAUUUGCACAAUAUUAUGUUACAAAAUUACUUCGACGUAAUUGUCCUGCAUAUCGAACAAAUACUAAAAAAACUACAAAUAUUAAUAAUCAAACUGCUCAUGAAUAUCAAUCAAAACAACAAAAUAUAAAUAAUCAAUCAUGUAUUAAAAAAUGUUUUAAUUAUUUCUAUCAUUGGGAUGAUGAUUUUCAUUUUACAACAAUAGCCACUUGUACUUAUACAGUAGCUUUCGUUUUUCUUUAUUAUAUAACAUGUACAUUUAUUUUUUUAUAUCUUUCACGAGCAAGCGGACUUAUUUCAUUGAUAAGAUCUUAUAUUGAACAUUCAGCAAAUGUUGAAUUAAAUGAUUCAUUUACUUUAAAAUAUGAAAUAAUAUCAAGUGCUAUUUUAACGGCAAUUAUAUACGGAUUUCAAUUACUCAUUGGAAUGCAAUAUUAUAAAAAACAUAAACAAGAUUUAUAUAAAGGUAUGUCUAUGGAUAUUCCAUUACCAAGAAAUAUUUCAUGGGAUUCUAUGGUAUCGCAUUCUGUACAUUAUGCUGGUUUUCUUGUUGGAUAUAUGGCAUGGGGUUUUGUUAUUUGUUUUCAUUUCAUAUUUUUAAUCCUCAUUGGAAUACGAAUUAUUUCAUUACAAAGUCAUCCAGUUGAAUUAGGACUUGGUAUUAUUGUACCUAUAUUAGUUAUUUAUUUAUUAAAAAUGCUUAUGAUGACAUCAAUAGGAAAAAUUAUAUUUACAAAACACUCUAAAGACAUAGAUGAUAUGAAAAAUCCCAAAACCUAUGCAAUAUUUGUUUACUUCAGUUUUUUUGCUGAUUGUUUUCUUGGCAUAGCAUCAUGUAUUAUUCGAUUGCUUAAAGCAACAUUUCUUAAUGUAGCAUUUAUGGCUCGAAUUGAUUAUAGCUUUCUUGGACGACCAUUGGAGAAAUUCGAUGUUGGCUUUGAUGCUUAUGUCUCAUAUUUAUAUGUUGAAAAACAGUAUUCAAAUGCACUCGUGCUCGUUUUUUGUGAUAUACUUUGGAAUGAAAUUAAGAAAAAACGUUCUAACAACGUCAAUCAUUCUCACGAUGAAAAUGGAUCUAGAAAAAAAAGAGAAAAUCAAUACGAUACAUCAAUUCAAAAUAUUAAUCAUAAUACAACGAAUGAUCAAUUAUGUUCUUCAAUAGAGAAUAUAAAUUCAAGAACAAAAUUACAAAAUAUAUCUACAACAUCUAAUGAAACUAGUAAAACAAUUGAUAGUAGAAAACGAAAAUCACAAAAAUUUCCUACAUUAAAUGAUGAAAUCCAUAUAGAUAAGGAUGAUAGUUCUUUAAAACCAUUAAUAAUAUCAUCUACUUUUCAAAAACAAGCACAAUUAUCAAAAUCAUCUACUAAUAGAACUAAAAUAUUAAAUAAUGAAUCUCGUCGAUCUAAACAAGAUCAAUCUGAGAAUUUGACAUUGAAACCAUUUUCUACUACUGAAAAAAGUCUUCUACAACAAAAAUCUAACAAAAAGAAAAUUUCGAAACAAACAAUGGUAGAUAUCUCAGAUUCAAGCAUUGUAGAAGAAAAUGAUGAUAAUGAAGAUACAGAUAAUCAGAUAGUAGAAGAAGAUUUACCAAUCAAUGAUACUCUUGUUAAUAUUAACCGAUCAUUUAAACAUCAGCAAGAUACAACUUCAAUUCCAUUUAAUACUAAUGAUCGAUUAGCACCGAAAAUAUCUAACACUACUCAAAAUACAAAUUCUAGAAAAUCUACAGAAAAAUAUCAUCAAGACACAGUUCUAACAGAAGCAAAAGAUGCUACUAUUUGUGCAACCACUAUCAAUCCAUUAUCAUCAAAUUCUCAACGAUCAUGUACAAAUUCUUUAGCAUAUUUACGAACGAACUCAAAUAAUGCAGCUCAACAGCGUUCAUUAGAACAUGUGCCAAAACGACCCAAGAGUUCCUUUUCAAAAAACCAUGAGAGUAAUAGAAAUAAUGACGAUAAUUAUGAUAUUGAAACAACAAAUAAUAGAAUUCAAACAGAGAUUUCAAGUUGUUCUCAUUCACCUAAAGAAUCAAUUCCAUUAAUAUGCAAUCAUUCAAAUAGGCAAUUAUCAGAACGAAUACAAAUAAAACAAAGUAAUACAAUUGAAGAAGACAAGAAAAGAAAAAGUCAAAUUGCACGUAUUCGAUGGUUUCGUGCUUAUACAAUUAUUCAUAAUUAUCAUUUAUUUGAUUUGAGACAAUUAUUAAAAAAUUUUUCAUAUUCACAACAAAAUCAACCAAUCGAUGAACAAAUAUCCAGAUCAACAACUACUGAUGAAAAUAUAGAAUCUACAACUGUUCCACAAUCUAGACAAUUAGUAACACAAAGAUCAAAAGGAAACACAUGUGAAUCACAAUCUCCUAUAUUUAAUCGUUUCUUAUCAUUAUCUACCAUCGAGGAAUGUCCAACAAGUCCAGCUGAACAAUAUAUUUCACGUGUGGUCUCACAAUUAAUUCUUGCUGAUAGUCAAAGUUUAGCUUCAUCGAAAAGGACAAAUGUAUCACCACAAGAAAAUACUCAUUCACCAUCACUUGGAUUUUCACCUACAUCAGCUGAAUCGACAUAUCAGUAUUCAUCAGGAAUUUCUAAAAACACAAAUUUAUCAAAACUUCGUAAACAAAUGUCUCAUGAUCAACAUAUGCAAGUAUGGUAUGAAGAUGAAAUAAAAAAGUUUCAAAAAAAUCGACCACAUUCUUAUUUAUAUGGUUUACCACCUAACUAUCAUGAAAAAAGAGAAUUUCACCAAAAUGCAUUAUUAAAACAAAAACCUUUCUUCAAAAAUGAAGAAUAA